UGUGUGUGUGUGUGUGUGUGUGUCAGGUGUGGGGGGGUGGCAGCCCUACAAAAUGAGAGUGCGCCUCAGUGGAGGAGCAGAUGUGAGAGGCGCGCUGUCGGGGCCAGACGUACCGCGAUAAUUAGCCGCGGGUAUAUUACCGGGAAUAACCGGAUUAUGAGGAUUUGAGCGGAGACAUCGCAGGAAUCCGGUGUCAUACAAGGCGAGGGGAUUAAGUCAAGCGCCUCCACUCCUCCGGUCGCCGUCAUGGGGAUAGACCGGCGGCGGAGAGCGUCUCUGGCUCUCACCUUGAACUUCCUCGCCCUGUUCCUGGCCGUGUCGGCUCUCACCACCAGCUACUGGUGCGAGGGCACUCGGAAGGUGGUGAAGCCGUUCUGCACCGGACCGGUCACCACCAAGCAGUCGUUCUGCAUCCGGUUCAACAGCUCCAACAUCAACGACACGCGGCUGGUGCAGUACAUCUGGGAGACCGGGGAGGACAAGUACGUGAUGAGGAAGUUCCACACCGGCAUCUGGUUCUCCUGCGAGCAGAACAUCAACAUGACCGGUGAAAAAUGCAGAAGUUUCCUUUAUGUUGCGCCGUCAAACGAACGAGGAGUGCUGUGGCUGUGCAUUGUUGCGGAGUGCCUGUACAUCCUCCUGCUGGCCACCGGAGGCAUCCUCAUGUCCAUAGAGGUGUGUCACUUCGGCAACGUCAUCGACGGCCUGAAACUCAACGCCUUCGCCGCCAUAUUCACCGUGCUGUCAGGUCUGUUGGGUAUGGUGGCCCACAUGAUGUUCACCACAGCCUUCCAGCUCACCGUCAGUCUGGGCCCCGAGGACUGGAAACCUCAGACAUGGGACUACAGCUGGUCAUACAUCUUGGCGUGGAGCUCCUUCACGGCCUGCAUGGCGUCCUCGGUCACUACCAUCAACCGCUACACCAAAACCAUCCUGGAGUUCAAGCACAAGCGCAGGAACAUUGAGAAGAACCUGAAGAUCAAGCAGAAGCUGCUGGAGCUGGACUCUCCCGAGCAGGUGUGGGACAUGUACAUCAGCUCGGUGCCGAGCACUGCCGAGGAGCUGCUGGAUCUGUCGUCCAACGGCCGCAAACUCUCCAACACCUCCAUUUUCCUGGACCUCAACGACCUGCCCGACCCGCAGGGAGAGGAGUACUGCUAGAGGAGCUGCCUGUAGCAUUUUCAGACAUCAGCAGGUCAUUGUCACGUUCACUGUGGGACAAUGAUAUAAUUACUGUUAACAAAGUGAGACCAUGUUUGGAGGCUCUGGUGUUUCAUUAUAAGCUUAACAAGACACCGUUAUGGUGAUGUGGCUAGCGUGAUAGCAGACACCUCCGACAUCUGGCAAAUAUGGAGCAACACUACCAUUCAUCGAGAAGUGUGUCUCUGGACAGCUAUAUAUUGAUUCGUUACUCAUUUUAUCUUUAGCUCAACCAGCUAGCUUGACCACUGUUGUGGGCCUGAACACCAAAACAAUGAGCUGAAAGAUGCUAAAACACAUUGUAGAUCUUAGUUGGGAUAACCACGUGUGGGUUCGACGCUACCAGCAGCACAUUUUACAUUACACAUCUGUCUGUGCCUGCAAGGAUGUCUGUUCUUUAGUGAGUAUCAGGGAAGUAGCAAUCAGUUCUUCAACAGGUCCUCCAGAGUAAUGAUCGGUGACUAAUAACACAGGACCAAUAGUCUUGUAUAAUGUACCUCCUCAACAUCAACAUAGUUUUAGGAUAAGCGUUCCCAGCUUCUUUGGCACCACAUAACAUCUGCAUAGUGACAGCGUUGUUGCAAACACGGUUCAUGGAUUCGGCUCCAUAAAUGCAAAACGUAUGGAUGUUAUGAUGCGCAUGUAACCUCGUUAAAUAAGACCUUCAUGUUAUGUCAAACAUUCGAUGCGUCUUCUUUGGAAUCGUGUUAGUUAGCUUGGUUACAACAGUCCAACAGCACGGGCGGAUUUAGUGGGUGGCAACAGACUAAUAACCCACCAGAGUUCAGAAUUAGAAACUUGUGACUGUGGACUACUGAAGGAGUUCUGAAAUACAGGACAACUGUCCUGAACCGAAGUUCAAGGACUUUCAGAUCAUAGGCCUGUUGGUUCCUGGCAAUUGCCGUCUGCCAGAUGGCUGGGAACAAAUGCUUAAGUGGGCCUGUCUUUGCAAACAUAAAGCCUCCAUAAAUGUUUUACACAAUCAACAUUUAAUCAUGAUCAAAUAGUUUGAACACAGUACUUCUGCUCAGGCAUUAUUGAAGCCAAAACAAGCAGUAAUAGUUCUUGACCUCUGUGUUUCUGCUCAUAGCUCUGCGGAGGGUUGAUGACGAAUCUUUCCAGCAGCCUCAGACUCAUCAUCAGAGCCAAUCCAGUGAAGUGUGGUCUCAGUUGUUUGCAGAAACUGUAUUAGUGUCUCAGAACUGACGAGGUGAUGACAUAUUGAUGCUCAAAUGUUACAUGUAGAACCUUUAAGGACCAGUGCUGAACCACACACCGUAUCUUUGAACCACCACAUCGACCCUACAGCUGUGUUAGUGGGUGUAACUUACAGUGUACCUCUGCUUAAGCAAUACUGCUGUGAAUCCAGGAAUCCUCGGUGUACAGAUGAAGCCCGCUGUGUGGAGAGGACGCUGACCUCGGACAACACUCUUCCAUCCAAAAGUAGCACACUCUGACGUCUGCCGCGCCUCUCGGCUCACCGGCCGUCUUUUUUUUUUUUUAUUCGCUGUGGAAAACAAAGUUGCUAAAGCUGUGUGUCCGUGACUCUGUGACUCACUCAGCUGUACAUACACGUUGCUGGACAGCCCAGUGAUAAGAGGCCCCACGCAUCGCUUCUAAUAUGGUGCACAUACUGUAUAUUGUGCCCCAAAACGUGAACCACACAGCGUUAAGUAGUUUAAGAAGCACUCCUCAUCAGGUGUUAACCCCCUCUACUACAGUACUGACAGAGUGUCUGUCUCGCCAGGGAACAAGGGUGGGGGUGACAGAGGGUGGACCUGGGAGAAUGACAUGGAUGGAGGAUGCCUGCAGGCGAUGCUGAGUGCCUUUACCUCCAGCAGCAUGCCUCUGACCGAACAGCAUGCUCAUUUUAACCAGGGCGAUGCUGUUUCUGAUAACCAAUAACUGCUUUAGAGGAAACAUGUAGCUGUCUGUGCAAAACUGCCAAAAGUCGUCAGCGAGAGGAGCGCACCUCUUUUGAAGCUCUCUGUGUAACAUUUACUUGAUAACUUUUCUUAUGUAUUCUCAGAAUUGUAUUGAUGGAGGAACAGAUCGGGAUUGUUGUUCUUUACAUUUUAAGUGCAUUUGAAUCUGUACAUUAUAUAUAUGUGUGUGUGUGUGUUUUGUUUAUUUGGUCAAUGGAAAGUGAACUGUAAUGUAAACAAGAUAAAGAUUCAUUCUGGCUCAGCUUGAAUUCUAUUCCAUCAGCCUGGGUUGCACUACAAGCCGGAGCAUGGAUCGUGGUGGCGUCUCUCUGUGUAGUGUGCUUUAGUUACUUUCUUGUGGAAAAUUAAUUGCAACCUUAUGUAUUGAUAUGAAUACAUUUCUAUGAGAAGUUAUUAUUUAAAGAUAAAUGGGGGGGGAGGGAACAGCAUAA